CAUACGUAUGUUGCCGAGGUAGUAGGAAGAUGUGGAGAUACAUUAUUGACCAAAAAACAUAACAUUUUAGUCUUUAAGCAGCUUUUUCUAACAACCAGAGACUUCACCCGUAGUUAAAAAAUAUCCGCUAUAAUGGUAAAGUUGAGGGCGAGGUGUCUUCUCGUCGGUAAGGUUUACAAGUUCAUCUCUCUCAAUAGUAAAGACUUUUCGGCUAAUGCUAAUCAAUGUGUUGCUAAAUGCGCCGUAGUAAGUCCACUAUCAGCACAGAGGGACAAGCUACAGUAUUCUGUCUGGCUCCUGCCUUUAGGCACAAAAGUUUUGUUUUUUUACAUCUUCUAAGGUAGACUCGGACACCGGUGGUACAGUUUGACGAUGUUAAGCCUCUACUCUCGCCAGUACCACUCAUGUUGAGGCAAACACGUGAAUCCAUAGUAAACCUCUUCCACGUGGUUGUAGAUAUUUUUAGAAAUGUAUUCGGCACGUCUCUCCUUAGCUCUGCUUCGAAGAAAUAUGUCAGUACAAUUUUUCAAACUUUGCCCGACGGAGAAUGGUACUUGAGCAAUGAGUUAAAUUGUACGGGAGCCCACAGCGGACAUGCAGCACCGCGGAUCUUUCCGCGGUAGCACAAAAACUAAACAAGUAACACACGCCACUAUGUAUCUGGCCAGUGGUCACACAAUAUGCACUGGGUGAAGGACAUAGAGGGAGACAAUUGUUGUUGCUAUGCACCAAAGAACUUUUAUUGCAUAGUAUUUCCAUUUUAGCACUUUGUAGGCUACUAAUAGUGUCAGUUAUUUAAAGAACUUGUAAAAUCACAAAGGUGCGUACGUUACAUUCUUAGCACUUAAGUGGAAGCUAAGUAAUGGCAACACAGACACUAAUUUGCAGCACAGCAACAUGGCUACUUGCAUUGCAUUUGAACCAACAUUUCCACCAAAUUAUCACAAAAUUCAUAAGAAAAAAAGACUAAAAGUAAAAGUAGUGACUUUCCAUCAACCAAACAACAUGGCUACCAUUAGCGGGGGUUUUUAUAGCCUCAUAUAAAAGUUAACUUGGAUUGUUUUGUCUCAGUUUGUUCAUGAUAGAAUGAGACCCACAUUUGCUGUGUGUGUGUGUGUGUGUGUCUGUCUGUCUGUCUGUGUGUGUGUAGGAGAUGCAGCAGUAGGAAAGAGUGCACUGUCCCAUAUGUUCCACAGUGACGGCGCUCUCUUCCAGAAAAACUACAGCAUGGUAAGAACUCUGAUGCUUAGAAAUAAAAAGUUUAUGAUUUGAUCUCAUGUUUAAUACAGUUAUAUUCCCUCAACAAGAGCAUUCAAUCCCAAGUAUACUGCCUUAUUAUAUGUAAGGUAACCUACAAACCAGUGUAAGUCUUCUUUUUAAAAAAGUACACUGUGUUAGAUUCACAUCACAAAGUCAUAGCAGAGCUAUCGGGUUGUUAAACAACCUGUUAAGGGAUUUCAGGAUUGUGCUGUGCUCUGAGUCAGGGACUAGCCACAGGCUUAUAAUUUUACAUUCAGGUAGGAUAGCUGAUGCUCUUGAAUAUUUUUUGAAGGAGUAACUCAUGAGGUUUAAUUCGGGCUCCUUGCCAGCCUAGAAAAAGCAGCAGUAUUUUGGGAAUACCGCAAUCCAGGUGCUAUGAAGUUAUGCAAUAAUUUUCCAAUACUUAGAUGUUAAGAUCUGCCUAAAGGUACAGCUGCUGUUGUAUGAGGUAAUCAACCUAAUCUGAGGUUUAAGGUUUUUACAUGAUCUUUCUAAACAGCAGUUAGGUUUUUAAAGGCCUUAAUUUUAUGGCAGCUUUCAUGUGGCUAAGAGAAGUAUGUGGUAGAGGUGUUUAAUAUGCUUGACAUUAUGGGGCAAAAAAUGGGUAAUAUAACAAGCAAUAUAUUGACAGCAAUAGCAGUUUUAAAAAAAAAUCGUAAAAAACAGGUGCCAGUGAGCAAGAAUAUGCAGCGCACUGUAAAUGAUAAAUCCACCCAUCCAUCCAUUUUCUCACACUUAUCCGGGGUCAGGGAGUGGGGGCAGCUGUGUAAGCAAGUCAGCGCAGUCAUCCCUCUCCUCAGCACUAUUUUCCAGCUCCUCCUGUGGGAUUCAGAGGGUAGGUGGGGUAAAUAAUCCCUCCAGCAAGCUCUUCCCCUACCAUGGAUCCUCCCUCUAGUUGAACAUGCCAGGAAAACCUCUAAAGGGAGGAAUCCAGGAAGCAACCAUAACUAUCACCCCAACUGUCCAUCACCAUGCAUAGGAGCAAUGACUCUGCUCCUAACAUUUGGAGGUAACUCUUUUCGGCAGCUUUCGUCUAUGGUCAUAUUCUUUUGUUCACUACCCCAAACUAACCAAAACUAAGAGUAGUUGACAGAAAAUAUUCCAAGAGGCACAGAAGCAGACAAGUUACCUUGCCUGGAAGUGAGGCACAAAGGUAACCUCCUAGAGCCAGAGGGUGAACUGUGUGAUGAGCUUUAGGUGGCUAGGCUUUCCUUUCAUGGCCCCAGUUGGCCCAAACAGGCAACACAGAUCUGCAACACUGCGGGCCCUCCACCCUUAGAGAUAGGCUGGGAGCGGGUGAAUAGCAGGGGCAGCAGUCAAAGUUUAUGCCUACGAGAAUUACAGGGUAGAUUUACAAACUGAAUCAAGAAUUGAAGCCCUCAAGAACUGGACAACUGAUUUUAUGUGAGUUGCUGAUUUUUCAUACUAAUACUGGUCAGUGUUACUCAGGAUCAUAUAAUAUUAUGGUACUUUCCUUGGUGGAACUCCCCACAAGCUUUUCAAAGUCCUGAAGAGAUCUGCUAAAUGUACUAUUGGAAUCUCUGAAGUGCAAAACAGCAUAAUGUACCAAUUAAUGCUGAUGCAGAGAGGGCUAAUCUGCAUUAUUUAUGUUAAUCUACACGAGGGAGGAAACUGUGUCAUUAACCUGACUCUGUGAUAUGUGGGGUCAUGGCUGCUCUCUGAUUCUCUCUGUCAGUGUUUCAGGGGAUGCUCACUAAAAGCUUUCACCACUCAUGCUAGCUAAUGCAGUACAUUUUCAGUGCGAGGAACAGCGCGGCAUUAGCACAUGUAUUUGUUUUAGUCCUUGUAGCUGGUUAGGGAACGGAUCAGGUUGGUGGGUAAAAUAGUGGACCACAGCCAAUUGAGUGUGCGUGUGGUUUGUUCAGCUCCUGCUGUAUCAGCAGUAUUGGGGGUUCUUAGGUGACAGGAAUGUCGAUAAUUAAUACAGUAGGAUUCUGGAAAGCCACCAGAACAGGUACUUAACAAGCGCGCGCGCACACACACACACACACACACACACACACACACACACACACACAUAAUGAACAAGAACAGUGUUGGGUUUUUUCAUACUGCAUUGGCCAUACACUGUUCUUUGUGAUGCUUGACAUGUCUGUUCAUGUUGAACCACCACAGAAACAACAAAGCAGAAAGGCGCUGGCGUAGUACUGAGAUUUCAAUUUACACUGGUCCAGUCUUGAUAUGUUAGCUGUAACACAUCCACACUGCUGCAUAUAACUCAGCAUCUGGGAACCAUUGAACAUACAGUUGAAACUAUGUUGGAAGUAUAAAGUGCAGAAGGAGAGGAGAUGCCCCAGUGAAAAUUAGAAAGGCAUCCAAGUUAACUUUUGUGUACCUGUGGAUCAAGGCCCUGUGUCCGCCAUUUACCACUUUAUUGGCUGGAUGCACUUCAACAAGCACCCACGGGAAAGUGCUGGUUAUGGAGUUUGCUGUUGCUAUGCAACUGUUAAAAACUCCCACUUGGAGCCAGCCGCUUGUUUUAUAGCACUUGAAAUAUUUUUAAUUUCAGGAAGCUUCUAAAUAACUUAAAGAAAAACUUUUGGAAAUAAUAAUCUGAUUUGGGAUUGAGUUAGAAUUUAUAUGAGCCUUAACGUUUUUGGUAGUUUUUAAUAGCUUUUUUGCCUUUUUUUUUUUUUUGCCUCACAUCUGUAAAUGAAGUGGUGUUUCAUGGUGUCUUAAAGAUUAAUCUCUUUUUUUCCCCUAUCAAGUAGUCACCUGUCUUCCUUUUUUCUAAUUUUUCCCAGAAAUUUCACAUCAGUCAGUUCAAUAGUCAGUCCUAACAAUAACAUGAUUGAACAGGAAGCGUCCCAUUAGUACAUUUGAUUGUUUCAGGUGCUGUAAUUACACUUCACUAACGUUACAACACACAGUCAUACUUUCUCUCUUACUGUACUUUUGACAUCAUUAUAGGUGGCACACGGAGAAAAAGUUUUUUCCUAGCUGGUCCAUCAUGACAGACUUUAAUUAAAUCAACUUAAUUCAUAUGAUUUAGCAGGCUGUUUUGCAAGUUAAAGACAUGAGAGAGAGAGCAGAAUAAAGCUCUCUGAGUCCCUAUCAUCGUGGUUAUUUGAUGUGUAGAGCUUUCCAAGGUGCUAAUGCCACUGUCAGAAAACUAUAGUGUCUCUGACUUGGGUCCUUGGUAUACGGUCUGAAGCAGAGUGAAUUAAGAUGUCUCUGAGUGUUUUUUGCCAGUUAAGCGGCACACAACUGGGCACUAAGUAAAAUUCAGGGUGACAAAAUAUGUCAUCUUGCUAAAUUUUUACAUCCAGAGGGAUUAUUUAUUGUGAGUAUUUUGGAUAGUUUGUCAAAUUAGAAAAAAAAAAAAAGUAAUUCAAUCAAAUGGAGCAGAUGAGGGCUCCUCACAUCCUCGACUUGAUAGGCAUAAAUGUUUCCGAAUAGCCUCACUUAAGUGGGCAUUUUGCACGAAAUGGCUAUGCUGUAUGAUUGUUGUGCAUACUUAAAGCAUUACAAAUAUUUUACCGACAGUCAUGACUCAGGGGUGCAUUAGCAGUUUAGGCAGGAUUAGAUGUGUCAGGUUCAAUUUUCCCCUUGAGAUUUCACUGCAGAUGGAAACAGGGAACAGCGUGUCCUUUCCAUCCUGGUAAAGACAAAGAAUGCAGCGCUCCAGUUGUGGAGUUAUUCCUUGUUCCAGACAUCAAAGUCAUCCCUCAUGUUCUUCAACUUUUGAUUUUGAAGGGUAGCAGAAGCUGUCGGCCAUUCAGCUCACGUCCUCCUUUGAAAAUGUCAGACGGCCCGUUAGCAAUAUUCCAAGCUUAUUUGUUCCUAAUAGGCCCUCAUUGACAUUCCAGUGAGAGGCUUCCUAUGCAUCACACCAGCUCAUUAGACCUCCGCACUGUCUGUGAGUGUGUGUGUGUGUGUGUGUGUAUGUGUGUGUGUGUGUGUGUGUGUGUGUGCGUUUGUGCGCGUUUGUGCGCACUGUUUGAUCCGAGUUAUGAACUGUUGCAGUGUAUGAAUUUGGUAAAUGUUGGUUCUGUGUGUGUGUGUGUGUGUGUGUGUGUGUGUGUGUGUGUGUGUGUUUGCAGAGUUUUAGUAUCUGGCAUUUGACACACUUAGUUAGGUGUAGGCUCAGGAGAUCAGAUCAAUUUAGAGUUUGAUGCUGAUGUGAAAAAAAAAACUCCUCUUGCUUCUUCAAGGUCACUGCUGAUCUCAUACUGGUAGACGCAUAGUGGCGAAAGGCAGCCUGCAACCAUCCUGUCCACUUAGGACUUCAUUAGAUCUCCAAGUCUGGGAAGAAAGUGCAUCUGUCAUAAGACUGUAUUUUUCAUACCCUGCUUACCCUCUGCUGCCUGCUCUCUAAUCUCUUUUUAUAUCUUCUUCCUGUACCUCUGUGAUCCACCCGGGAUGAAAGUUAAAAAUUACCCACUACCCAUGUCUUCAACCUCUGCACCAAAACUCAAAAACUUAUUUUCUUGAAAAAGCAGAAAAAAGUUUUUCUAGUUGAGUUACUCUGUAAAAUAGGACUAAAAAUGUUAUUGUCUCAGAUAACUCUGUGUCCAUGAACAUGAACUCUUCAUGUUUGGUUAUGGAAUCCAAAUUGACUUAUUUAACAUAUUAAAGAGACAGAUUUGUGCUGCAUUACCCAGUACUUCUGAAUUCCAAUUCCUCUAAAGGGUGGCUGGACUCAGCCUUAGAGAUGAGUUCAGGAACUUGGACACUGGGAGAGCGCUUAUAUUAAAGUCACUAAUCCUUCCCAUUGAAAGCAGUUAGUCGAGGAGGUUCUGGCAUUUGGUAAGGACCUCCUAGAGCCCUCCCUGUGGAGGUGCAUUCUAUUGGAAAUAAACCUUGGGGUACCCCCAGAGCUUGCUGGAAGUAUUAUAUAUUCCACCUGGCCUGAGAACACUCCAGAGCACACCAAGAGGUGCUGCAAAAUAUCAGUGGGAAGGAGAAACGUCUGGGCUGACUUUCUUAGACGACUGCCCAGUUGAGCAGAAGACAAUGGAUGUAUGGAUGGAUCAAACAUUUUCUGUCAAAGCAGCUGGAAGCAGUCACAUAAUGACUUGUGUGUGAAAGGGGUGGUCUUUGCAAAUACAAAGGGGGCUAUCACCAGGGCAGAUCUUUUCUGUAGCUCUCAAUUUACAUUUAUUUACAUGAGGAGUGGGAAAAUUAAAAUUAUACCUUUUUUCUCACUUGACCUGGACUGUCCCAACAGCCAAAUUAAGAAUAGAGAAAACGAUUUCCAGACAGUGACCGUGAUCUGCCAAAAGGACCAGAGACUGGACUAUGAACAACAGCCAGACUAUCUAACAGUAAAUGUCAACCCACUAUAAAAGUAACCUCCACCCUUAAAUAUUUAUUAACCUUUAGGACUCUCACUCUGUCUUCAUUGUUGCCACUGUUGGGCCCAAAGGAGGCCUGUAUCUCUCUUUAGCUUCAACAGAGCUGCUGUUUGUCUCACUAAAGGCUUUUUUCUUUAUUGAGACGUUAAGAAUAAUAAGAUUCAGAGUAAUGGAGACACAUGAGAGAAGGUUUCAGGACAGUGAAGCUGCUUUCAAGCCAAGCCAAGCUGCUAAUUAGUCAUGCUUAUGUUUUGACAUCAACAAUAAAUCUAACCUGGCAGUUUGUUUUGCUGCCGUGUAUCGUGUCAACUGUGUGCCAGCAAGACAUCUCUUUUCUUCUCUUUUCUUGUCUUUUUUUCUGCGUAGAAGCCCUACAGUGGCAAGACUAUUGUAGCUGAAAACUGUUUGAUGAUAAGAAAAGCUACAAUUAGAUCUAAGGUAAAGCAGCUAUUGUGGAAAACUGAUGAGACAAGUCACGUUAGACUAAAUAGAAAAAUACCAAAAGCAGCAAAUUUGAGUUUUUUUUGUUUAUUUUUUCUUUCCCAUAAGAACAAAGAGAAAACAUGUGCUGUAAAUUUGAUCAAGGUCUGCUAGACUGGCACCACAGUAGCAUUAAUCAACUUUUAUUAACCUAAUUAUAUGUGCCUGUUUUUUUUUUACUGUUUUCUCAGACAACUGGAGUGGAGUUGCUACUGAAGUGUGUCAACAUACCAGAGACAAACGACAGUGUGGUGAGUCCAGCCAUAAAAAAUAUUUACUACCAGCAUUCACUUUACAGAAUUUGACCCCGGCAUAUUACUGAGAUAUUACUGUCAAUGAACUAGCACAAAGAAAAAAAUGGCAUUGACUGAGCUAUAGACGAAGAAACAUAACAUUUUAAUUUUGUCUUUAAGUGUGAAGACGCUGAAAUAAAUACAGUUGUGAAGGCGCCAUGAGCUUGAUUCGAGAAGUAGUUGGUCCGGACAAGGUUUGUCCUAGACUUCUUAAGAGCUGUGCUUCUGAGCUGGGUGAACUGCUCCAAAGAAUCUUGAACCUCAGCCUGUAGCUGGGGAGAGUGCCCACUCUCUUGAAGACAUCCUGCAUCAUUCCAGUUCCUAAGCAGAACCGACCUAGCGAGGUGAAUAACUGCCGACCAGUGGCACUCACUUCACAUCUGAUGAGGACAAUGGAGCUGCUCGUCCUCAGCCUUCCCAGACUCCAGGUGCAACACCCUCAGGACAGUCCGCAGUUUGCAUACAGAGUGGGCGUUGCUGUGGAGAAUGCCAUUCUUUACCUGUUACACAGAGCCCACUCACAUCUGGAUAUGGGGAGUGGCACCCUAAGGAUCAUCUUUCUGGAUUUCUCUAGUGCCUUCAAUACCAUCCAGCUCCUUUUGCUUGAGGACAAACUGAGCACGAUGUAAGUGGACACCUGCCUGGUCACCUGGAUCUACAGCUUCCUCACCAACAGAACAUAGUACAUCACUCUGAAGAACAUCGCAUCUGACACUGUGAUCAGCCGCAUCUGGUUAGGAUUAGGGUUUGGGGGCAGGCGGCAAUGUAGCAACAGUGAAAUUUAAAAACAGGAGGGGGCGCAUUCGAGGUAGAAAUAAGAGAGACUGUGUGGGAACCAAUCAAAUGGGUUGGGGGCGUGGAUUUCCCUAUUUCAUACUAGGGAAAAAAUCUCACGUACAGGGGCCUGGUGAGGGAUUUUGUUAGCUGGUGCCACAGGAACCAUCUGCACCUCAACAUCUCGAAGACCAAGGAGCUGGUCAUUGACUUUGGGAAGUCAAGAUGCUAGUCACCCUCUGCCUUCAUCAACCAGAUGAGCCUGUUCAUUGACAGACUGAUCCUUCCCAGGUGCAGGACCAAGAGACUGAAAAACUCCUUUGUCUCUCAUGCCAUCAAACUGAACAACUCCUCUCUGGGGAGGAGAAGGAGGAGAAGAAGGGGAGGUAACAGGAGGACAGAGGAUGAGAAGAGUAGCAGCAGCAGCAGUAGUAGUUGUUGUUUAAUAGUAAUGUGCAAUGACCACAGCUUGAAAUGUUACUUUUUAUACAGUAUAUUAAUACUUAAUUAUCUGAAGUUUGUACCAUUUCUUUAGUCUUUAUCAGUAUAUUUCAUAUUUGAUCAUUCUGGUGUCUUCUCUGUGUAUGAUGUUGCUGGAAUUUUAAUUUCCAUAGGGGAACCUUGCCAAAAGAAUAAAUUAAGUUGAAUCUCCUCUAAUCUAGCCCAAUCCAAUUACAUUCAGUUUGUUUUACACCAAGUUUAAACCAGUACCAGUCCAACAUUCAGGUUUUUUCAUUGUGAGGCUAAAAUAUGCAGUCUUUAGUUUUGUUGUGUUUUCUAAAGGAUAACACUGUCAAGCACACAAAAAAAUGUGCAGGAGUGCAUGUAGAAAAUGUCCAAUCAGUGUCAAUGUGGUGAGCAGUUAUUCGGAGGUUACUCACUGAUGUCCAGUUAGUCCUUGUAAAUGCAUUUGCACUUCUCAGGAGUUCCAGUUUGGUUUCUCUCUCGGUUUUAUACAGAAGUCCUGUAUCUGUGCAGUUGGCGUUACCUGCAAUUGUAAGGCACAUGAGUGGUCACUACGCAACUACCUGAACAUGUUCCCUAGAUCCAAGUUGCAGGUCUAUGACCAUUGAGAUACCAUAAAAGAGCUGCUAUGUCAGCUUGUGUGAUACUUCUGCCUGCUGACGGAAGUCUGACUGGCUGCACCUUUAUGCGUAACUGACCUUAAGUGCAAAUCACCUUUGACUUGUUAACUAAGCUGUCAUUUAAAAGCACUGUGGUGUCUGUGGUGUAAUGUCAUUGCAAUUAACACAUUAAGAAUGCUGACAGCGCCAGUGUAUGUAAAUGUUUCAGAUGUGUACUGAUAUUUCAGUCCUAAUAAUGAGAAUUGAACUGGGUGGGAAUGAUCUUUGACUGAAGUUCUUCCUGAUUUAUGUUCUUUGUUUCCAACCGUAAGCAAUGAGAUAGCACUGCACAGAGACUAGUUAUGCCCAAGCAAUAGGAAACAUGAGGGUUAACAAAAUUUAACAAACUUUUUCCUUGCCCCCCACCCCCCACAGGAGCUCUACAUCAUAGACUCUGCAGGGAAAGACACAUUAGUGGAAGCCUGCGAGAAAAUGGUGAGACUUGUCUCUCUAAAGUUUCUCAUUUGCAUAACACUAAUGUCUGAAAUAUACUGUCCAGAAGUGAAAUUAGAAGUUGCUGUUCUUGCUCUUUCCCUCUCCCCUUAACCUGUCUGACCUGAGCUUCUGCCCUUCACCUCUCCCUCCACAGUGGGGCGAACUGUCGUUGCUGUGCCUGGUCUUUGACCUGACCAGUGAACAGUCUUUUGCCAACUGCAGUCACUGGAUGGAGAGAGUUCGUGCUUAUUGCCAGGGCUGCCAUAUUCCAGGUAACAACCAGUAAAGGUCAAAGUAUCUGGGGAGCAACAGCGAAGAGACGGAAAUUGAGAGAGAAUAUAAAGUAUCUCUGAAUCUUUCUUGAUUUUCUAUGUGAUACAUCAUGUGAAGAUCAUUUUCAAAGAGCUUUUCAUGUCUUGUACAAUACCACAAAGAUCUCUGAGUUCUUAAGCUGUUUAAAUUAGACUUCCUACCAACUUGUACUGGGUGAAAACCACCAGCAGAAACUGUAUGUAUCAGUGCACUUAUUGUAGAUAAAUGAUGAAGAAGAGCAAACGGCCCUACAAAUGAAUAUCAGUUAAGUGUAAUUUGUAUACCCUUAGGCCAUCAUUAAUCCACUGUGUGUGUAUAUGUGCUUGUGUGUGUGUUUGUUUAAGGUGUCCUCGUAGGGAACAAAACAGAUCUGUGUGCCAGGAGGGAGGUCCAGGCAUCAGUUGCCCAGGAAUGGGCCCAAAGCCAGGGGUUGGAGUAUCAUGAGACAUCAGCUGUAAGUGUAUCCCAGUAUGAACUUUACAUUUUACCAAAAAGAUUGUAUUGAAUGCAACUGUAUGAGUAGCAAACACCAUAAAUCAUCCCAUCCCUGAGGCUUUGUGUUUGUCUGUUACAGAAGGAUAAGGAGAACUGUGAUGCACCACUCCUCAGUUUAGCACAGGCCUUUCACUCUCUCUACAGAGAACGCCUGGAGACCACUCAGAACCUCGGUCCAGGCUAGAUCCCUCCAAAAUGACACACACGUUGACUUUUCACUCACUGAAUAACAGCAGCAGGUUUUCCAUUCUGAUGAUUUAAAGGAGUUCACAUAUGUAGGUGUCACUGAUACAAUGAAACUGUUCUUCUGUAUGUUACCAGCAGAGAAAAGCUUGUUCAGGAUGAUGUUUUGAUAUGACAGAGAAUAAAGUUGUUAAAAUGUUGCUCAAAUA